AUGCCUAGUGAAACGAGGGCAAGUCAAUCUAAUGAAAUCAUUCAGAUUAAAUUGGAAUUUCCUGCUCUUGAACUUUAUGUUAUUCAAUUUCCAAGCUUUUCUUUCAGUCCUCUUGAGUCGCCCGCGACAAAAAACGAAUCUUGGAGGUUUCAAACGUUAUAUUCAACUGAUAUGAAGCUUUGA